UCAACACAUUGUAUUUUACUUCAUAACUAGGAUGCAAAUAAAUCAAUAUUUUACUCGCAAAUGCUAGUCUUCUAACAUAUUUUGUUGUAAUGCUGAUAUUCGGUUCAUGUUUUGAACUUUAUUCAGAGGACACAUUAUUGUAACAUUGUGAAUAUUUCCAGAUCCUAAGCGAUAAAUCAGAAAUAAUGAAGUUGGUUUUCUUGUCUUGCAUUCUGUUCAGCGUAUGUCAGAGUCUCAAAAUAGAUUUCACAACUAAUAAAAUACAACAACUGCGUGGUCAGAGUGCUGUCCAGAAAUUCUUACAAAAUGAUCAACUUCGUGUCAUAUACUUUUACAAGAAAGAUGUGAAAUUCCUUAAAUUCUUUAUCCGAGAACUUGAAAAGUCAGCAGAGUUUUUAGAAAUGUACAGUGUUAAAACUGGAUUUUGUAACUGUACAGAGGAACUCAGUAAAGACGUGUCACACUGUAAGAAACCUGCAAUAGAAAACAGUGUUCAUACAUUCAGGUCAGGAUCACUAUUGUUAUCAUUGGAACUUGAAACAAUGUUUGAUGUGAACUCUAUAAUGUCAAACAUUCUACAACUUGUUAUGUUACGAGAGGUACCUAUACUGCAGACUCUAAAAGAAGUUGAGAGAUUUUUAGGAACAAUGAGAGGCAAAAAGGAUGUCAUAUUUGGUCACAUGAAGGCUAUAGGAACUUUUGAUCAUCGUGUAUUUAUGGAGGUAGCAUAUGCUUAUAUGGACAAGUUACAGUUUGUUAUAUGUACAGAUAGAAAAGCAACAAAACUAUUUGAACAACCAACUAGUAAAGAUGUUUCUACAGUAUGGUGGGUAUGGACUAAGCCAAUGUCUUCAGAUGACAACAGUUAUCAUAACAUCCGUUACCGUGGUGAUCUAAACCUUAAAGCGUUAGCCAAGUUUGUCAGUGCAGUCACUAAACCUAAAAUGUUUAAUAUCCCAGCUGAUGGCUUAGAUCACCCUUACUCAUCUUAUGAAGUACCUGUUAUAAGAUUUUACUAUAAUGCAGCAUCUGAGGUAGAUGUUCAUCAGAAGGCACAUAUGAUAACCAAGUAUUACGGUGGAUCUGUAGGUGUGUUGCUCAUUAACAGGGACCGUGAAGAGGCAAGGUCAGCAAUAUUUUUUGUUAGAAGCCUUCCAGCAAUGAGCUUUGUGCAUGAUGCAGAGUCUGUGGAACACUUCCUGCCUGGUGCAAUGACUACAGAGAAUAUAGGAAGAUUUAUAGAGGAGAAUAUGGGAGCCAGUCCUGUGUAUCCAAGUGUAGUAGAAGAAGAAGAUGAUGAUAUAAUGAUAGGGGAGGAUGACGAUAUUGACUUCAAUGAUAAUGGAAAUCCCUUUACUUUUGAAGAUGUUGAAAAACAAGAUGACAAGAUAGCAGACGUAGUUGAGAAGACAAAAAGAAGGAAGAUGAAGCUUGAUAGAGUACCAGCACUUACAGAUAAAACUUUCCCAAGUAUGGUGAAGGAAUCAGAUAUAGCUGUCAUAUUGCUGUAUUUCCCUUUUGAUGCUCUAAGUGUGGGAAACUUACGUAUGUUUGGAGAGGCAACAGACAUGAUAGGUGAGCAGACGACAGUGAAAUUUGCCAGUGUAAACUGUUUUGAUUGGACAGAUGUUUGUGAGCAAGAGAAGAUAACAAUUUAUCCAACAUUGAGGGUGUUCAAGAACGGUGUAAAAGCCUGGGAUUAUAAAGGACCACAAGAUACCCAGGCUUUCUUCUCUACUUUCAAAUUGUUGGAUAUGUCCUCUCCUUUGUAUGAGAAAGACAGUGAAAAAGUAAUGAAUUAUCUUAUAUGGAAAGGGGAAACAACUCUGGAUAAAGUAACAAAUACAACUGUGGUUGGACUCUUUAGAAGUGGCGACAAACAAGAGAAAGAAGUUUUCAAACAGUUUGCUGAGAGUUGUAGAGACAGGAUCAUGUUUGUAUAUACAGACAUACAAGAUGCUGCAUCAAUAGCAAAGAAGUUUAGUACAACAGUACCAGCAGUAAUUCUAUCAAAGAAUGAUGAUACUAUACAGCCUUAUGUUACAUUUGAUGGAAAAUUUACUAUUGAAAAUCUGCAAGAAUUUGUGGAGAACAAUAAGCUUCCUAAACUUCCUGUCUUGACACCCCUGAUGUUCCCUGAAAUACGUAGGAAGUUUACAGAUUUACUAAUACUGUUUACGGAUGGUACAGACAACAGUCAACAAUCUGAAGAUAUUGUUCGAGAAAUUGUAAAAGCUGAACGCUUCAAUAAUGUCUCAUUUAACAUGAUGAAAGUUCCAGAUGAUUCCAGUGUAGGGUUUCGUGUAUUGAGUGAAUAUACAUCCCAGCCUGAAAUCCCUCAUCUCUCUUUUGUCAAGUUUCAGAAGGGUGAAGUUUUCAAUCUAGCAUCUGUAGACAUUGAUAAGACAACAGUAACAAACUGGAUAGCUAGCAUUGUUAAAGGAAAUGUUGAACCAUCUAUUAUGCUAAAGAAUGAAGAAUGGAAACCUAAGAAUAAAGGAUAUGAAUUCCUUAAAAUAAUAGAUUGGGAAGCUGAUAAUAGUAAAAAAUCUUCGAAGGAGAGUAAAAUGAGAUCGAAUGUCCCGGAUGAUGUGCCAGAAAAAAUGGAACAUACAGAAAGUGAGCAUGAGUUAGUAGACUUUGAUCCUGAAGAUAGACAUCAGAAAAUACCGGCCAUGGAGGAAGAAGAGGAUUCUGACACAAGGAGAGAUUUGUUUGCUCUGAAAGACUCAAGGCUGUAUCACCAAUCAGCUGGGAGAACUCAUCACCAUGGUGACAGAAAGAGAAGUAACUCUGUUGACGGAGGCUACGGAGGUGAGGGAGAUGACAAUGUUGCAUCAAACAAAAAUGAGGCAAAGAAGAAUGGCAAGAUCCAUGACCCCUCUGAACUCUGAUUAUCAGUAAAGUUAGCCUUCUCUUAUAAUUUUAAAAUGAUCUGACCAAAAAUACAGAAUUCCAAUUUUUACAGUUCCUCUUUUGUAUAUGUUUUUGUUUGUUAAGAUAUCUUUUCUAAUUUAGUAUCUUUACAGUAUUUUCUUCUUUUUUUGCUAUCAUAUUUUAAUUAAUAGUAAACUACAUAACUUAUUUCAGUUCAAGUUGCUUUACAAUGUGUUGCUUUACAAUGUGUUUAAUAUAAUACAACACAAUAUUUAUAUGAAAUUUAUUUUGUAAAACCUUGAAUAUUUGAGGAUAGAAAUUUUGAUUUCAACUGAAUAGAUGCUGGUUGUGUAAAUAUCUAAUAAGGAUGUUAACAGGCAAAAAAGAUUAUUUUAUACUAUACAGAUGUAUAUAUAUAUAUUUUGAUACAGUGCCAUAAAAUAUCUUUCAGUAAACGAAAAAAGUAAUUUCAUAGUACAAUUAAAUUGGCAAUACUAGAGUUUCUGUCCUAUUUUGUCUUACCUUAUUUAGUGUCCUAUUUUGUCUUACCUUAUUCAAUAUCCUAUUUUGUCUUACCUUAUUCAGUGUCCUGUUUUGUAUUACAUUAUUAUUCAGUGUCCUAUUUUGUCUUACCUUAUCAAUGUCCUAUUUUGUCUUACCUUAUCAAUGUGCUAUUUUGUCUUACCUUGUUCAGUGUCCUAUUUUGUCUUACCUUAUUCAAUGUCCUAUUUUGUCUUAGCUUGUCCAAUAAUCUUGUGAUCUUUUAAAUAUAUUAAUGAAAACAUGUAUUUUUAUAUGUCACAAAUUUAUAUUUAUUAAUAUAAUGAGAAAAAUAUGUCAAUGUCAUGUUCUAUUAUUUCAUCAUAUUUUUGGGAACCUUAAUGUUAGAGAGGUGUGUUUUUGUCUUUUAUGAUCUUCUUCUCACAGGCUUUGAUUUCUUGGGAACUCUAGAUUUCUCUACCAAGCUGCCUUUGACACCAAUUGUUUGUUUUUGUGCAGAGUUUAAUUUCUUCACUCAUUUUUGUUAUUUAUAAAGUAUGUUUUUGUUUUAAAUCUCUCCUGAAAGUUAGAUGUUAAUUUUAAAGGCACAUUAUGCCUCAGAAAUGAGAAUACAUUUUUCCUUCUUUGGAAAGGGCAAACAUGAGUUUAUGAUAUUUAAAUAAUGGGUUUAAGCAUUUUAGAUGCUUAUUUCAUGAAGAAAGUAGCUUUGAAUGUGAAAUUAUUUGUCAUGAAAGUAGCAAAAUUUAGACAAAAUAUUACUUUGUCUUCCAUAAAAAUACUAAAUCACUAUAGAGCUUUACUUAUUUUUAGAAAGCAACAUAAGCAAAAUAUGAUUCUGGUAAUAGGCCUUGAAACUAUACCAGUACACCAAAUAUAAAAAAACGUUCCAGAAAUAAAAAUUAAAGCAUUUCUAGGACAUAAUGAGUCUUUAAAUGAGAUAUACACAGACUUGAUGUAAUAACUUUAAUGUAUUAUAUUGAGAUUGAUUGUGUACAUGAAGUCAUUAAUUCUGUAAAUCUUAUACCAACGGUACUUUAUUUUACCUUUUAAAUAGGUGACCAAACUUUAAUUUGAAUAAGUGAACAUACUGAAAUUAGACCUUUUCCAGCAUUCUUGACAUGCACUUCAAAAUGUACAUUGAAUAAAUUGGGCAAUGUAUAAAAUUUUCAGGUUAUGUAUGAUGUACAUUGUUUUACAGUUCCAGCCUUUCCAGCCAAAAUUACCAGCCAAAUCACUUUUUUCUGCUUCAUGUUAAUUUUUUAAUUUGUUGAGAAAAAUUUACAUUUUGGCUAUCAAUUACCAAAAGAUCAGGCAGGGCAAGGAAAAGGCCUGGCCAUACUGUACAGAAACUGAUUUUGCAUUGUAAAGUUAUUUAAAUAUUAUUAUUGUUAUUUAUAUAUACUCUUACAUUACUACAGUGUAUUUGGCGCAAAGCGUUUGACUCAUAUUUAAUCAAAAUUUGAAUCAGCAAACAUUCCAUAAAUCAAUUCAUAUAUAAAAUGCUAUUUAAUAUGCAUAUUGGGUAAAAGAGAAUCUGUUACACAAUUAGAAUUAAUUUCACUUUUCUAGCAUAAAAUAUUGUCCUUGUAAAAAAUGUAAUCUAGCAGACUACUCUGGGGCCUUUUUGACAUGGUACAUUGUAGUCUUUUAGCAUACAUUUUACAUUUUUAAAUGUGAUUACUUGAAAAGUACAUGCUCAUAGUUAGGUUUAGAUUUUCCAUUCAUUAAGCAUGUCACUUGCCCCUCACCGCUGUGGGUUCGAAUCCCGACAGGGACUUUGGAUUCUUUCAUGUGAGGAAGCUAUCCAGCUAGCUUACGGAACGUUGGUGGUUCUACUCAGGUGCCCGUUCGUGCCUGAAAUAAUGCACGGAAGGGUACCUGAGGUCUUCCUCCACCAGUAAAGCUGGAAUGUCGCGAUAUGACCUAUACUGUGUCGAUGUGACGUAAAACCCAAUACAAACAAACAAACAUUAAGCAUGUGUUUAGUCACAUAUUUUCAUUAUUACAUAAAUUAUUUUCAUAUUUUAUUUUGCUACAGGCUUACUUUAGGAGCAUGUUAUCUAUUCUAGAUCAUUGUUUGUAGCAAAUAUUGGUUCAGUUUUUGUAUUUUUGGACGGGUUGCACUGGUGCAAAUCCUGGUUAUAGUAUGGUGAAUGUUGGGCGGCGGGCGGGCAGGCGGGCGGGGAAAAUAUUUUUCGUAACAGUUUUCUCAGCAACUUCUUAUCACAGCCUCUUGAUAUUUGGCAUACAGCAUAUACACAUGGUCCCAUACCCUGGGAUCUGAUUUCAGGUCUGUCGCUCAUCCACUUCCUGUUUAUCCACUUAGUUAAAUUAGUUAAAUUUUUCGACAUUAAUGGUCAAUAGUAGGAAAUUUUCGUAACAGUUUUCUCAGCAACUACUUAUCACAGCCUCUUGAUAUUUGGCAUACAGCAUAGAUACAUGGUCCCAUAUCAUGGGAUUUGAUUUCAGGUCUGUCGCUCAUCCACUUCCUGUUUAUCCACUUAGUUAAAUUAGUUAAAUUUUUCGACAUUAAUGGUCAAUGGUAGGAAAUUUUCGUAACAGUUUUCUCAGCAACUACUUAUCACAGCCUCUUGAUAUUUGGCAUGCAGCAUAGAUACAUGGUCCCAUAUCGUGGGAUUUGAUUUCAGGUCUGUCACUCAUCCACUUCCUGUUUAUCCACUUAGUUAAAUUUGUUAAAUUUUUCGACAUUAACCCAUUACUUCAUAUACACGCCUUUUAACAACGCCUUUUUCACCCCCCCCCCCUUUUUGUUGUCUCAAAUGAUGAAAAAAUGCCUUAUUUAGGCCCCAAACACUUGUUUUUGUUUGAGAAAUGUUGUUAAAAAAAGUGACCUCUUUUUCGGCGCGACCCCCCAACCAAAAGAUACAUCAGGGGGUUGCCAGAAGGGGGAUGUGCCCCCUUCUGUUUGGGGGGUUUGAAGGGGGCGGAGUCCCCCUCAUCGCCAAGAAAAUUUUGGACUUGUGAGAGGCUGUAAAUGACCCCAGAUUGAUCAUAAGGUAACGUGUAACCAACGCUGAAAAGCAUUUGACUCUAUCUCAAUCCAUUGAGAAGUUGCAGCACUUUGAAAUCAAUUUUGAUGGAAAAAAUCAACGCAAAAUAGUGAUUUUUGGCAAUUUUGAGAUGUCCCCUCAUUGCCAUGGUAACAGAAAAUUUAAGCCUGAGCAUGUUGUUGCAAGGGCAAUGGUCCAGUCAACAUUUGUGCCAAGUUUGAUUAGUGUUGAAGCAGUUUUUAUAGUAUUAUAGCAAUUUGAACUUGUAACAGGAGACUUUUCAAUGAAAACAGCCAUUUUUCACAAAAUGCUCAUGAAGUAAUGGGUUAAUGGUCAAUGGUAGGAAAUUUUCGUAACAGUUUUCUCAGCAACUACUUAUCACAGCCUCUUGAUAUUUGGCAUAGAGCAUUGACACAUGGGUCCCAUACCAUGGGAUUUGAUUUUAGGUGUGUAGCUCAUCCACUUCCUGUUUACCCACUUUAUUAAAUUUUUGACAUUAAUGGGUCAAUGGUAAAUUUUUUUCGUAACAUCACAGCCUCAUGAUAUUUGGUGUACAAAUGCAACCUGGCCUUUUCUGUCUUUGACCCAUUUUUUAUCCUUUUUUUAUCUUUUUUUUUUUUUUUGCAAUGAAAUAUAGUUUUUUACAUUCCCUAAUAUUUUUUGUGGAGCAUAUAGGUACUGGUUUAUUCUUUCUAUCCACCCUUCACAUUUAUCUUGCUCACUGUUUCUCGUAGCCCAUUAAUUUAUUCAAUGAUUUAUUGAAAAUAUGACGUUUUUAAGGUGGGUAAUAAUUCUUGUUGUGAUUUUAUUAUACAUAUAUCUAUUUACACAAAUCCUGGUCAGAGAAAAAUGUUGAACGUUUUUUAUGGCAGGAAAUUAUUAGUUUUAUUUUUUUUUUUAUUUAUAUACAUAUUAUAAUACUUGUUACAGCCAUAAAUAUCUGUGCUUGCCUAAAAGUUGUUUAUUUUAUCAUUUUACUAAAUUUUUGUCUUUGUAUAGUUUAGAUCCCUGUGUGCUUAUUGUAAACACAGACACUUGGAGGUCAGACUGACCCUAUCCCCCGACUUGAACUGCCCCUUUAAACGGUCAAUAAAAACUUUUAACAUAAAUGGGCCAUUAAUUUUGUCUUAAUAAUCUUUAAAAUUAUUUUUAAACCAAUGCCACAAGUAUUUAAAAAAAUCCCAUGUAUUGUCAAGUGUCAAAAGGUAUUUUUUUGACACUUGAUGGUACAUGUUUUUUUUUAAUAUUUUUUUUAUUCUUUUGAAAUGGUUUAAAUACAAUAUUAAUGAUUAAGACAGAUGCCCCAUUUGUGUUAAAACCUAUAAGUCUUUAUUGAAUGUUCACAGGGGCUUUUCCAGGUGAGGUAUAGGGUCUGACCCCAAGUGUCUGUGAGUGUGAACAUUAUUUUAGACUUAACUGAUAAUUUGAUAUAGCUUUUAAAUAAACAUAUGUUUAAUGUUUGUGUUUUUAUUUUUCUAUGCUACAAAAGUAUACAAACUUGCUUUAUUUUGACCGCUUUAUGGUCCAUAUGUUCCUUUUCAUUGUACUUCAGACUUGAAGACUUCAGACUCAAAGUGAGGUUAAAUAUGUGCUUUCUGUCUUUACUACUUCAUUUAUUUAUGUAUAUAUAUUGUUUUUUUUUUAAUUUCUAUUUUUAAAGUUUUAAAUAUUCAUUUUUUACACAAAUCAAAUGGUCUUUGUUGAAACGUUACUCUGAUUUUGAUAUAUAACUGGAUACAUGAAUUAAUUAUUGUAGAUCUAGCCAGGCAUUUAGUCCUUUUUAAGGUUGGGGUGGUGUAUAUUAAGAGUAUAUUUAUUUCAUGUGCGUUGCUAAUUACUUUAUGAACGAGUAUAUGUGCUCCUAUUACCUUUAUUUUUCUAAACUAUAAUAUAUAUAAGACAGUUGUUAAUAUAGCAGUGACCCUAAUUGUAGUAUAUUACCAUCCAGGGAACUCUAUUAUAAAGGAACUGUAGGCACCUAGAGUAUCAUGUUAUUAUAGUUUAACAUGUCAUGCUACAAUGUGGUAUUGUAUUUUGACAUUUUAUGGCUUGUUGGAUUAUUCAAAAAAGAUAACCAAUGUGCAGUUUGGUACUAGAUUAAACAAUACUGUUUUAUGUGUAUCAAAUAAUUCUCUUAAUAACAAUACAUGUAUGGUGUAUUAUGUUAUUCAACUUAACAUGUACCUAAAGCAAAAAUGUUACACAGACAACGGAGCCUUGAUCGUGCUGACAUCAUGUUUUCUAAUUUUGUGUUAUACACUAAAUUAUGAAGCAAUCAGGUACUCAAAUUAAAUAUGUUUUUAAUUCUAUUGGGAGUUUAGAUAUACAUGUAUAAAAGAUGAAAUUGAUAAUAAAGAUCAUAAAAAAAACAAA